AAAACAUAGAAAUAGGAAAACGAGAUAAGGCAUUGGCUCUGACACAAAAAGAAAAAUGAAAGCCACACUUCCCACACCCCAUCUCCGGUCUUUCCCUUCUCCAACCCCACUUUCUUUCAAACUCUCCUUCGCAUUCCCUGAAACCAGAAGGAAAUCACUAAGCAUCAGCUCUACUCCGAAGGGAACACCAUCUCCUUCUUUGGCUUACGUGCCACUGAGGGUGACUGCCAGUUCUCAAGCCGCUUCUGCACCUACUGUCAAUUUGACGGCAAUUCCCACCGAAAUGAAGGCUUGGGUGUACGGGGAAUAUGGAGGUGAUGAUGUGUUGAAGUUGGAUGAGAAAGUGAGCGUUCCAGAAGUGAAGGAAGAUGAGGUUUUGAUAAAAGUGGUUGCUGCUGCCCUUAACCCCGUUGAUGCCAAGCGAAGGCAGGGCAAGUUUAAGGCUACCGAUUCUCCUCUUCCGACUGUUCCAGGCUAUGAUGUAGCUGGUGUGGUGGUGAAAGUUGGAAGUCAAGUGAAGGAGCUAAAGGAAGGAGAUGAAGUGUAUGGAAACAUAAAUGAGAAAGCAUUAGAAGGGCCGAGACAGUUCGGUUCCCUUGCUCAGUACACUGCUGUUGAAGAGAAGCUGUUGGCUUUAAAGCCCAAGAAUCUAGAUUUUGCCCAAGCUGCUGGUCUUCCUCUUGCUAUCGAAACCGCCUACGAAGGUCUUGAACGGACCGGCUUUUCAUCCGGGAAAUCCAUCCUUGUUUUGAAUGGUUCUGGUGGUGUUGGAAGCUUAGUUAUUCAGUUAGCAAAACAAGUAUUCGCUGCUUCAAAAGUUGCAGCCACUUCCAGUACUGGAAAACUAGAGUUACUGAAGAGCUUAGGUGCCGAUUUGGCUAUUGAUUACACAAAGGAGAACUUUGAAGAUUUGCCAGAAAAAUUCGAUGUAGUCUUUGAUGCCAUUGGACAAUGUGAUAGGGCAGUGAAGGCAGUGAAAGAAGGCGGCAGCGUCGUGGCCUUAACCGGUGCUGUCACACCGCCCGGUUUUAGGUUUGUUGUUACUUCUAAGGGAGAGGUUCUCAAGAAGCUAAAUCCGUAUUUAGAGAGUGGGAAAGUGAAACCGGUUGUUGAUCCCCGGGGACCAUUCCCAUUUACUCAAGUUGACGAGGCUUUCUCAUACAUUGAAACAAAUCGAGCAACCGGAAAGGUAGUUAUACACCCAAUUCCAUAACUCAGGUAGAACAGAGAAAGGGAAACAGCCAUUUUCUAUUGCAAGCUGCAAACCCCUAACUAGUUUUAGAACCAAAACGCCAAUGUAUAUGAAAGAAUGCGAUGUUAUCAAGAGAAUCACAAGCUACUUUUCGUAUGUCUUCUUCCGUAAAUUUGUUGUUAUGAUUGAAGAAUGAAGUCUAGUAAGGCUUCAUUUCUAUAUCCAAAUAAAAUGUGACAAUGCAUGCAAAUGGAGGAAGGCCUUUGGUUUUGAUAUAAAAUAAAAUGCCUUCAUGAACUUAGCCGGUCGGUAAAAGUGUACUAUGGAGGUUGUUGCGUUAA